UACCUACGUGGCGGCCGACCAUUUUAGAGAAAGGGCGCUGCCAAAGUAACGCCAUUUCAACGCAAAACACAAAAUCCUCGCCACUCCAAAACCCUAGACACUGUUACCCGGCGGCGCAGCGGCGGCGAUCAAUCAUCAAUGGAGGACGUCUGCGAGGGAAAGGACUUCUCGUUCCCCUCCCAGGAAGAGAAGAUCCUCUCAUGGUGGGACGAAAUCGACGCCUUCAAAACCCAACUCGACCGCACCAAGCAUUUCCCGGAGUACAUCUUCUAUGACGGCCCGCCCUUCGCCACCGGCCUCCCCCACUACGGUCACAUUCUCGCCGGAACUAUCAAGGACAUUGUUACUCGCUAUCAGUCGAUGACGGGGCAUCACGUCACCCGAAGAUUCGGCUGGGAUUGCCACGGCCUGCCCGUGGAGCAUGAAAUCGAUCAGAAAUUGGGGAUUAAGAGCAGAGAAGAUGUGUUCAAGAUGGGAAUCGCGAAUUACAAUGAAGAGUGCCGGGGGAUUGUGCAGAGGUAUGUCGGCGAGUGGGAGAAGACUGUGGUGAGAAUGGGAAGGUGGAUCGAUUUUAGAAACGAUUAUAAAACUAUGGAUUUGAAUUUCAUGGAGAGUGUAUGGUGGGUAUUUGCGCAGUUGUUUCAGAAGGGUCUUGUUUACAGAGGAUUCAAGGUCAUGCCGUAUAGUACUGGUUGUAAAACUCCGUUAUCAAAUUUUGAAGCCAAUUCCAAUUAUAAGGAGGUUCCUGACCCAGAAAUAAUGGUGGCUUUUCCGGUGGUUGAUGAUGCUGAUGGUGCGUCAUUCGUUGCAUGGACAACGACGCCAUGGACACUGCCAAGUAAUCUUGCGCUAUGCGUCAAUGCUGGUUUUGCCUAUGUUAAGGUCCGGAACAAGUUCAAUGGGAAAGUCUUUGUGGUUGCUGAAUCUAGAUUAUCAGAGCUUCCUGUUGAAAAGGCUAAGAAAGCCGAUGGUGCCGAGAAUUCGAAUUCAAAGCCGAAGUCGUCUGGUGGCAAAGCUAAGAAUGUGGAAACAUAUGAAAUCUUGGAUAAGCUGAGUGGUGCUUCUCUCGUGGGAAAGAAGUAUGUCCCUUUAUUCGAUUACUUCAAGGACUACUCUGAUGUGGCGUUUAAAGUUGUAUCGGAUAAUUAUGUAACCGAUGACAGCGGUACUGGAAUUGUUCACUGCGCUCCUGCAUUUGGUGAAGACGAUUAUCGUGUCUGUCUUGGAAAUGGCAUAAUCAGCAAAGGGGAAAACCUGGUCGUAGCAGUAGACGAUGAUGGAUGUUUCACUGAGAGAAUUGUUGAAUUUCGUGGCCGCUAUGUGAAGGAGGCAGAUAAAGACAUCAUUCAUGCUGUGAAAGAGAAGGGCAGGCUCGUAAAAACUGGAAACUUUACACAUAACUAUCCUUUUUGUUGGAGGUCUGAUACUCCCCUGAUCUACAGAGCUGUACCCAGCUGGUUUGUAGCCGUGGAAAAGAUUAAGGAUCAGUUGCUGGAGAAUAACAAACAGACGUACUGGGUGCCGGACUUUGUGAAGGAAAAACGUUUCCAUAACUGGCUUGAGAAUGCUAGAGAUUGGGCAGUCAGUCGAAGCAGAUUUUGGGGCACGCCUCUUCCUUUGUGGAUCAGUGAAGACGGUGAAGAGAUUGUUGUCAUGGAUUCCAUUGAAAAACUGGAAAAACUUUCUGGUGAGAAGGUAACUGACUUGCACCGUCAUAAAAUUGAUCAUAUUACUAUUCCUUCAAGUCGUGGUCCGGAAUUUGGUGUUCUUCGCCGGGUGGAGGAUGUGUUCGAUUGUUGGUUUGAGAGUGGAUCCAUGCCUUAUGCUUAUAUCCACUAUCCAUUUGAGAAUGUGGAGCUAUUUGAGAACAAUUUCCCAGGACAUUUUGUGGCCGAGGGUCUGGAUCAAACUCGUGGAUGGUUCUAUACUCUCAUGGUUCUCUCCACUGCACUUUUUGGAAAACCCGCUUUCAGAAACCUCAUUUGUAAUGGGCUUGUGCUGGCUGAGGAUGGGAAGAAGAUGAGUAAGAGAUUGAAAAAUUAUCCUCCACCAUCUGAAGUGAUAAAUGAUUAUGGAGCUGAUGCGUUGCGUCUCUACAUUAUAAACUCUCCUGUUGUUCGUGCUGAGCCAUUGCGUUUUAAGAAGGAGGGGGUCUAUGGUGUGGUAAAAGAUGUCUUCCUACCAUGGUAUAAUGCCUAUAGGUUCCUCGUGCAAAAUGCUAAAAGACUUGAAGUCGAGGGACUCGCGCCAUUCACACCGGUUGAUCAAUCCAUCCUUCAGAAGUCCUCGAAUGUCCUUGACCAAUGGAUUAAUUCAGCUACGCAGAGUUUAGUCCAUUUUGUACGGCAAGAAAUGGAUGCUUAUAGACUCUACACAGUGGUUCCUUAUCUCUUGAAGUUUUUGGACAACCUGACAAAUAUCUAUGUUCGGUUCAAUCGGAAGAGGCUGAAAGGUCGUACUGGGGAAGAAGAUUGCAGAAUUGCUCUUUCAACUCUUUAUUAUGUUCUUCUCACAGCAUGCAAAUCCAUGGCUCCGUUCACACCAUUUUUCACAGAGGUUCUUUAUAAGAAUCUGAGGAAAGCAAGUGGUGGAUCUGAAGAAAGCAUUCACUAUUGCAGUUUCCCUGCAGUAGAAGGAAAGAGAGGAGAACGGAUCGAAGAAAGUGUGAACCGGAUGAUGACAAUCAUUGAUCUUGCACGAAACAUCCGCGAGCGCCAUAACAAACCUCUCAAGACACCACUAAAGGAGAUGGUGAUAGUACACCCUGAUGCAGAUUUCUUGGACGAUAUUGCCAAUAAGUUGAGGGAGUAUGUGCUUGAGGAGCUUAAUGUGAAGUCUUUGGUUCCAUGCAACGACACUCUCAAGUAUGCCACGCUGCGUGCAGAGCCCGAUUUCAGCGUGCUGGGGAAAAGGCUUGGCAAAUCAAUGGGGGAGGUCGCAAAGGCAGUGAAGGCGAUGUCAACAGAAGAUAUCUUGGCUUUUGAAAAAGCGGGAGAGAUCACUAUCAAAACUCAUGUUUUGAAGCUCAGUGACAUCAAGAUAACUAGGGAGUUCAAGCCUCCUGGUAAUGCAAAGGCUGAAGAUAUGGAUGCAAAAGGAGAUGGUGAUGUCUUGGUGGUGUUGGACUUGCGUGGUGACGAGUCUUUGUAUGAAGCCGGAGUUGCUCGUGAGAUUGUGAACCGGAUCCAGAAACUGCGGAAGAAAGCUGCACUCGAACCCACUGACAUGGUAGAGGUCUUCUUCAAAUCAUUGGAUAAGGAUGAAACAACUUCUCGAGAAAUUCUAGAGUCGCAAGAAGCAUACAUCAAAGGCGUGCUUGGGUCACCAUUGCUGCCACAUUCUUUGCUUCCUCCCCAUGCUGUGGUCCUUGCUGAAGAGAGUUACCAUGGGAUAUCAAACCUCUCCUUUGCGAUCAUUCUAGCAAGGCCAGCGCUCGUAUUCAACUCGGAUGGCAUUGCUGCAUUGUAUGGUGGAAACACCAAGUUCGUGCAAGGAUUGCAGGCCUACUUGUUGGCGAGGGAUCACCAUAAUUUGAAGGCGGAGUUCCAAUGUGGGAAGGGCAAGACGAAGGUCGAUUGCAUCGAAGGUCUGCCUUCGGUGACUCUGGUGUUGGGUGAACAUGUGUUCUUGACAGUUGGUGACUAUAUCUCAAGCAAGAAGGGGAGCUUCUGAUUUUGAGAGUUUCAUAUUUCUGGAUCAUUAUUGUUGCUUCUUCUUUGCCAUUAUCUGGGAUUCUCAGCUUUAUUUUCUUUUCGCCACUAUUGUUUUCUUGCCAGAAGAAUAUAAUGAUAGAAUACAAAAACAAUAGUUUGGUUAAUUUGCUUUUUCUUCUACUUUUCAAGUAAGGAAAUUGAAAGUCCUUUGUAUUUUUCA